GCUCUCACUCGCCAUUGUUCUGCAAGCACCUACACUUGCUCGUUCUCUUGUUGAGCGUUAGCAUGUGCUCAUUGCUGGCUGUUCUCUAUACUUGUGCUACUCUAGUAACUGUGUAGUGGAUCCUAUGCUACAUUUGAGUAUACAAACACAAUUAAAAGUGUUAUAAUACUGCAUUUAUAUUACAGACUGAACUGGUAUUGCUGGAGCAAUAUGUUGCAUUCUCAUAGUACGUCUUGUAAAUGCUAGAAGCUGAACAAGUGAAGGAUACUCAAUAGUGUUUACUACUGUAAAGUCAACCUUUACAAUAGUGAAAGUAGCGAGUGUUAGUAAACAUUUUCACCAGUGGAAGUUGAAGCAAUGAAGUGUUUGCUAGCCGGAUCCCUCUGCAAGUAACACAAGCGAUAGUGCUGAAAACACAAUUAGUAGUGUAAAUUUAUAAGUCUUGAAUCACCGUCUAACCCACUGACUGUGACUUAACAUUUGGAAGACGAAGAGAGCAUUGAGCAAAUUGAUUGCAGGGACAUAGCGCCGUGAAAUUAUUACCAGUGACGUGACGAAACUGACGUCAUUCCAACAUACGACAUUAAAAAUAAAACUGCUGUGCGCCUGGUAGCAUCUGCUACAAGAAGUGCGAUAUGGCGUACCGUGGCGAUGCCAGCAUGGUCCGCUUACCCAGAGACAGUGAUGGAAAAGCUUUCUCCUUGUACCCUCGCCAAGGUAGUGAGAGUCCAGUCUUUGACCACAGUGGGUUCCAUGUUGACAAAACCCUCAAGGACAUUGAAGCAAUGAUGGAAGCAGAGGACUCUACCAGGGUCAAUAAAAUAUCAGCUCCUUAUGAAGUGGCACAGUUUCCAAUCGAGCAAAUUGAAGACAAACUGAAACUUCAUCGCCAACUUAGUGUAUUGGCUGUUGAACGAACAUCUAAAUAUGAGCCAUCAGAAACUGCUGUGGAUGAGGAAGAUAAAAAAGAAUUUCAGUUGGAUGAGACAGAUUAUGUCCCUCAUUACCAGCGGGUCUUCAUUAGUGGGGAGGAAACAUCUAGAGAUAAACAAGAUGCCAAGGGAAAGUACCACCUUGACAACUUGAUCACCAAUAUGCCAGUUGAAGAUAUCUCGAAGUCAUCAAAACUCCUCAUUGAGGCACUUAGGCUACGUGAGAAGUACAUGGCAUGGGCAGUUCAGAGCUUCCCCAAUGUGACUGCUAGUUAUUUACGCCAGGCUGGCAUUGAAGACCCAAUGGGUCAAGGUCUACGCUAUGCUGGUGCUUGCAGUGAUCCCAAAAGUCUUGAAGACCACCCUAUUGAUCCGCCACGUAAGGAAGUCAGCCCUUGGAAGAUUGAUGUCCCUGAAGAUUGUGGAUACAAGUUCCAUAUGCUUGAUGGUGUUUUCCAGGUAUAUCCUAAUGAGGAGGCUGAACAACAGAAUGAGCCUUUACCUUAUAACUACCCAGAUCUGCUGCGCUACAUACAAGAUAUGAAUUUGCUAUGUGCUCUCAUUGCAAAUGGCCCUGUGAAAUCAUUUUGCUAUCGACGUCUACAAUACCUGACUUCAAAGUUCCAGCUGCAUGUUCUUCUCAAUGAAAUGAGGGAACUUGCUGCACAAAAGGCAGUUCCUCACCGAGACUUCUACAAUAUAAGAAAGGUUGACACUCACAUUCAUGCUGCCUCAUGCAUGAACCAAAAGCAUUUGCUUCGAUUCAUAAAGAAAGCCGUCAAGAAUCAUCCAGACGAGAUUGUUUGUUGCAAUAAGGGAGUGAAGAUGAGUUUGGCACAGGUGUUUGCCUCAAUGAAUCUCACAGCCUAUGAUCUAUCUGUUGACAUGCUAGAUGUUCAUGCUGACAGGAACACAUUCCACAGGUUUGACAAGUUUAAUGCUAAAUACAACCCUGUUGGAGAGUCUCGGCUACGUGAGGUCUUCCUAAAAACAGACAAUUACAUUGAUGGAAGAUAUUUUGGCCACAUAAUAAAGGAAGUAAUGUUUGACCUAGAGGAAGGCAAAUACCAAAAUGCAGAAUUACGACUUUCAGUAUAUGGAAAGUCAGCGGAUGAAUGGGACAAACUUGCCCACUGGGCAGUGAUACACAAUGUGCACUCAGAAAAUGUGCGCUGGCUAAUACAAGUGCCACGACUUUAUGACAUCUACAAGAGCAACAAUAUAAUUGAUAAUUUUAGUGUCAUACUCGAUAACCUGUUCCGUCCAUUAUUUGAGGUCUCUGUGAACCCCAGUAGCCAUCCUGAGCUUCAUGCCUUCUUACAGUAUGUGAUUGGGUUUGAUAGUGUGGACGAUGAGAGCAAGCCAGAAAUGUCAGUAAUGGACAAGGACACUCCGCCUCCACAGUUGUGGUCAAAUAUGGAAAAUCCACCUUAUGCUUACUACCUGUAUUAUAUGUAUGCCAAUAUUUGCACAUUAAACCAAUUGAGGUUAGAGCGUGGAAUGAACACGUUUGUGUUGCGACCCCACUGUGGUGAGGCUGGUUCAAUCCAGCACUUGGUAACUGGCUUUCUGCUGGCUGAAAAUAUCUCCCAUGGUCUACUUCUACGUAAAGUUCCAGUCUUGCAAUUCCUCUACUACUUGGCUCAAAUUGGUAUAGCCAUGUCACCACUCUCCAACAACUCUCUCUUCCUGAAUUACCAUCGCAACCCUUUACCAGAGUACUUGGCACGAGGGCUCCUGAUAUCUUUAUCCACUGAUGACCCUCUCCAGUUCCACUUUACUAAGGAACCCCUCAUGGAAGAAUAUUCUAUUGCAACUCAAGUGUGGAAGCUGUCCCAAACAGACAUGUGUGAAUUGGCUAGAAACUCUGUUAUCAUGAGUGGGUUUGAUCAUGAGAUCAAACAGUUUUGGAUUGGACCAAAUUUUACGCGUGAAGGUGUAGCUGGUAAUGACAUUAAGCGGACUAAUGUUCCCAACAUACGUGUGGCUUACAGACAUGAAACGCUACUUGAUGAGCUGAUUAACAUCUUCCAAUAUCCAAGAGACAAAGAAGAAAAUUAAACAUUUAACAGUGCUGUGGUGUUUUGCAUUGUCGCCAUAAGUCAUUUUUAAGUUGCUUGUGAUUUAUUUAGGAGAUCUAUUAUGUACCUAAAACCUAAUCUAGAGCAAAUGACUUUAAAUUAAAGUUAGUUUUUAAAUUGAAUAUUAUGCAUUACUGUAUAUUUCAUUAUAAUGUUCUGAUACAUGUAUAGUAACAGCAUGGUACCUUUAAGUUUUGUAUCUAAUUUCAUAUUAUGAGAGUUAACCCUUCCACUGUGGACCAUGCUCAUGAGCACUUUUGUUGUGUUGGGUCGUUGCCUGUGCGAGCCCUCAGACAUGUAAACAACUAGAUAUCAACUCGAUAAAUGUUCAGUUGUGCUUUCAAUUAUUGGAGGACUGUAGUGAUCGUGGCCUUUUCUGGAGGGACCCCCCCCCCCCCAGUGGCUCCCUGAAGUGCUCCAAACUAAAAGGUCACAUCAGUUGCAUAAGUUUUGUUUGGCCCACUGGCACCAGAGGCAGAACAUGGCCCCCUCUCACAGAAAUCCAGGAAGUGGGCAACUAUCUGCCACUCCAGAAAAAGCCUCCAGAAAGUCAGCACAGCUUUUCAAACAACUGGAGGGUUCUCGGAAAACAAAGCUUUGAAACCCGCCAAACAUCUCUGGAAACGAUUCACACACAAUGAGGGAUUUACCUAAACUAAAAACUCAUUAGUACCGAAUACAACCACCAGGUGACCUGGCUACAGCCCUCGGUCAACUCCCCUUCUCAGUUCUGUUGCUGAUGUCGCACCAUGUAGUGGUGCUCAUAGUGCUUCCAAUCCGUCAGAUCAUGGAAAAGCUCCACUGCAUCAAGCUAAGUGCUGGCCAUCUUUGGACUUUGUUGUCCUGUGGGGGCCAUUUGCUUCAUGUAUUGUUUCUUCUUUUAGUAUAGACUUUACAUGCAUUUCAUGUGACAUUUCAGGCUAAAUGCUCUCAGGGUUUUCCUGCUUGAAUGUCUGCUAACAUUGCCCGUGCACAGUCAGAGUUCCCUUCUCUAGUGUGUUCGGGAGUUUGCCCUUAAGAGGCAACACUAAUGAGGUAGACAGCCUUUUCUUUGGCUAUUCAAGGAUCUUUAAUUCUCUGUUUUGGCUCUUAGCUGGGAGUGUUCUUGGGUUGUGCUGGGGUGCACUGGGGUUGGUGAGCUUGUUUACAUGGCAUGCUGCAGUUGCUACUCAUAUCCUGGUAGUUUUAGCUGUGAUUGGUGUCUUUUUCUUCCGGCGAGCAGCCCCAGUACCUGAAGUGUCUGCUUGGUUAACAUCCUUCUGGCCCUGGAAAUACCUUGCAGGUCUCUGACUUGGUCCAUAUGGGUUGGACCCCACUAAGCCCACCCUUGCUACCUGUUGGGUCAGGGAUACCUAUGGCCCUGAGUCAUGCAAGGCGAUACCUCACUGGGUCUCUGCAUUGAUGGAUUCUGUCUCCCAGUUAAAGGCAUUUCAGGCAGUUGCCACUUAGCGAACAAAUCCACAAGGGUCUUGAUGAGGGUUUGAAUUUAUGCAUGGGAUGUUCCCAUGCAUUGGGAUAGUUUCUGACCCCACAAUUUUUUUUCCAGUGGAGGCGAAGACAAAUGGGAAAAAUGUUUCUUUCACCCUGAUGCCCCUGUUACCUAGCAUUAAAUAGGUACCUGGGAGUUAGACAGCUGCUACGGGCUGCUUCCUGGAGGGAAGGGGGGGGGGGGUGUGUAACAAAAAGAAGGCCUGGUCGAGGACCGGGCCGCGGGGACGCUAAGCUCUGAAAUCAUCUCAAGAUAACCUCAACAUAGCCAUUGGCAGAGCUAUUUGGUUCCUUCUCUAUACAUGGGGUUGGGCCUGUUGAGUCAAGAGUCCUCCCUGCCAUUGCAUUGGGUCAUUGAAAGUUGGUUGGCCUCAGCAUGGUAGAGGUGACCUUGUCCCAUCAGUGGGUUUUCCGCUUGUUCUCGAUCCUGAAGUAGGACUUGGCGGACAUAAGACAUAUCUUCAAUGUCUCGGGUCUGAAUAGCUCCAUUCCCUGUCCGACCUUCCGCAUGACCACUUUGUACCACGUUCUCCUGCUGUUACUGGCUGGAGCUUGGAUGGUGUCCUUGAGCCUCAAGGAUACGUAUUGACACAUCCUCAUAAGACUAGCUAUGUUUUCUUGUGGAGCAUCAAGCUUGCCACUUUAGGGUUCUUCCCAUCAGCUUGAAUAUAGCCCCCCAUGUGUUUAUCAGUCUAGUGCAGUUCAUGGUGACCCAGUUACAUCUGUUAGGGGUUUGUGUGUUGGCCUACCUCGAUGACUGGCUGGUGUGGACCUCAAGUUAGUCCGCAUAUCAGAUAGGUUUGGAUUCAGUUCCUUCCCAGCUCACCGGCCAACUGGAGGAAGUCCCAGUUUGUUCCGUCUCAGGUUUAGACUUGGCUGAGCCUCAUUUGGACUCUCGGUUGGCUUUUCUUUCCCUGCCUCUGGCGGCUUUGCUCUGCCUGAAACUUCAUCGCUGUCCAGUGUUGGACUGGCCCUGGGUGUUUUACCUGUUGGUUGAGCGGUUGUGUGAGCGCCUGAACAUUUCCUGCAUUAUCUUUCCCUUGAGCAGAGUGUGACUCUGGGCUGUACUGAUUUGUCUGUUUCCACUCUUUCUGCUGCUCUCAGGCCUGGUGGAUUCUGGCCCCAUCUACCUUUUAUCAGCUCUUACUUCGCAAGCUUUUCCUUCAGGUUUUUUGGGGUUUAAUAUUUUGGUGCUAUGCUUCCCCAUUGUUCGAUGUGUUCACGAACACUUCAUCUCUAGUUUGGGGCUUCAUAAGAACAUAAGAAUGAGGGUAUCUGCAGAAGGCCUAUUUGUCCAUUUGAAGAUUGUAAUUUUUUCUUCGUAUGACAGGUUUCUAAUUUGCGGGAUAAACUUUUCAUCCUACGCUGGACGUGUUCUAGUGAAUUUAUAUCCAUUCUAUAGUAUGGCGACCAAAACUGAACUGCAUAAUCUAAAUGGGGCCUAACAAGAGCAAGAUAUAACUGAAGAAUAGCACCAGGUGUUUUAUUACUAACACUUUGACAGAUAAAUCCCAGUGUUCUAUUUGCCUUGUUACGAACAUUUAUGAAUUGAUUUCUUGGUCUUAAAUUCUUACUAAUCAUAAUACCCAGAUCCCUUUCGCAAUCUCAACACCAUCUAGCUCGUAUUGUGUUACUCCUUCAUUAUCAUCAUUACUCCAGCUGCAAACACACAUAAUAUGCCAUGCAACUAAAGGAGUAGACCCAGCCAAUGACUUUAGGAGGCUUUGUGAGUGUUGAUCACAAAACCUCAGGGCCAAUGGAGCAAGGCCAAUGAUGAUAUUCCAUCAUUAUCAUCCUUAUUUACUAUCAUCGUUACUCCAGCUCCUGGAGCUGGAGCUGGAAAAUGGAGCCCAGAGGAAGGCAAAUCCUCCAAAGGGCCUUCCACACUGCUGCAAACACACAUACUAUGCCAUGCACCUAAAGGAGUAGACCCAGCCAAUGACCUUGGGAGGUUUUGUGGGUGUUGAUUACAAAACCUUAGCUUGGAGCCAAGACAUUCACGAACACAUCAGGCAAUGAGGGAAGAAAGCACCAUGGAACCAUACCCCAAAAAGCCUGAAGAGAAAGCCGGCAACACGAGCCAACAAAGGGCAAACGGGACCUGAACUCAAAAGUUCCGGGAGCAGCAAAACGGUGUUACCUGAGGAAGCAGUAUAACUCAAAAGUAUCUCCAAUGAAUAGGCAGCAUCAUGGAGAUGGUGACUAUUGAAGUGUAGCAAGGCCAACAAGCACCUUUCAAACUCGUAAGUAGCAAGUGCAGGAUCAACCCAUAACAAGUCGUUAUGGGGUCUGAAGGAAUACCCAAGCAGGAUACCCAGGCACUAGAGCUGCUCACCAAAGGAGCUGAUGCCAAAUACAGAAAUUAGGAAAAACACGGCUUUGAAAGGCAUUAGCGGCAUAUCAUAGACAAGCACACAAACCCUAUGCACCCUACAGCAAAAAUCCCAAUAGUCCCCAACCACAGGACCUCGCAUAAGAGUCAGAGUCUCACUAACAAGGGUGAGACACCCUAUACAGUAGUACAAACUCAGCAGCAAACUCUCAGACUCAUCAGAGAAGUCACUGUCAGAGCAAGAGGCAACACCAAAACAAGCACUUAGGGAAGGACUGCCUACAUGCAGCUAGAGGCGAAGAAUAAAUAAAGUCCACACAACAAGUGAGGCUUAAAAAAUAUGCACGUGAAGCAAAUACUGACGUAUUUGCCAGGAUACAGGAUGUAAAGUCAGGAACGAAACACAAGCAUAUGGCCUCAGAUGACACUGUCCAAAGAAUGGCCUACACUUGGAAACUUAAUACCCAGAUGAGCCACAGACACUGGAAAGAAUUUUGUCAGCAUCAUAGUAGGUAAUAAAUAGAAUGCAUUAGGAAGUGAUGUAGUGGAGGCUACCUCUGUACAGUUUCAAAUGUGGAUAUGAUAGAGCUCAAUAAGCUCAGGCACUUGUACACCAGUACAUUGACAGUCGAGAGGUGGCACCAAUGAACCGAAGCUCAACCCCCUGCAAACACAACUAGGUGAGUACUUAUCUUGAAAAGAAGAGAGACUCGCUAUGGCCAGCAACUCGGGAAGGUUCAAAUUCCAGGACAUCAAUGACAGUACUGAUGCUAAGAUGGCAUGAAAGUUAGCUGUCAGUUGUGCUGACACCUAUUGGUGGCCAUCUGUAACAAGAAUAUUUUGACCUAGUUUAUGAGUGAAUCUUUCGUGGAAUUGUUUGGCUGUUUCACCGCUUUGAUUUCUAUGAACUGUAUUGCUUUGCUUACUUUCUGAAUGUUUUUGUGGUGAGGAUGAUCAUAACAAUCCCCGGCUCUCUGUGCCUCUGUGAGGUGUACCAAAUUUUGGCUCUGAUCAGUGGUAGGCCAUAUGAGACUCUUAUGGCUAUUAUGACUAAGUAAGAGGAGCUGCCUAAACAAGCUAGCUUCAAGGAGCCACAAUUCGGUCCCCUCCAGAAAAAAAUAUACAGCAUUGAACGUAAUGAAAAGCCUUUUUCCGAUGUAAUCUAGGAGGCUUUGUCUUGUUAGCAAACCUGGAUAGCUGUAUCCACAUGGACUUACACCAGGCCUUGCAAGUCAUUGUGAGCCUACCAGGGACACAAUGAAAUGUAAAUGAAAAGGAAACCUGAAAUGUGGUGAAACAAAACAAAUGGCAUGGUAAACAAAAUAUAGAAAACAAGACCUCAAAACUAUCCACCUGGACAUUAGCCGGAUCACCCACUAGUAGCAGCUGUGUGCCACCAGGUGACUGAGCAGCCAACUGCUAGAUCUGCCAAUCUGUUAUUUCAGUCAUUGAACCAAUCCCCGCGGCGUAGUGGUAAAACACUCGCCCUGCUUUUCGCAAGUGACUUGGCCUGGGUUCAUAUCCUGGUCAUGGAGAAUUGACUAGGCUCCAAUCCUUAACUGGAUGCCUCUCUUCACCCAGCAGUGAAUAGGUACCUGGUUGUUAAAUGAUUUGGUAGGCCGUAUUCCAGGGAAAAUUCGGAUUAUGGACCUACCCGAAAUGCUAUGUAUGCUAGUGGCUUUACAAGAAUGUAAGAACUCUUGUGUAUAUAAAUACCAGUAAAUAAAAAAACAGGAAGACAAAAAACCAAAGCCCUGGAAAAGGUAACAGAGCAUUCAGGGAGCCUCCAAAGACCCAUCCAUCAUUACUUUCAAUGCUGAUUUUCUGAGAGGGCUUCUUUGGAGGCUGCCCAGUUCUAUCUCAUAAUGGAGAGCAAAAACAGAAAGGGAACUCACUGGAGGCAAAUAGGAGCCAAAGUCAGUAUCUGCAUAAUAGGGGGAAUCAACAGCUAGUCACCCUACAUAGCGCUAUACUUGUGCAAUGCACCUGGAUUGUUCCUGGAUGGGGUUCUGAGAGUUCGUUUACUCCCCAAGCCCGGCCCAGGGCUUGAUUUGUGAAAGCUUGGUCCAACAGGCUGUUGCUUGGAGUGGCCCACAGCCCGGUUGGUCUGGCACUUCUUGAAGAAAGCUAUCCAGUUUUCUCUUGACGAUGUCCACCUUGUUGCCAUCAUGUAAAGUAUAUUUCUUAUACUUGCUUGGAGGAUGUUGAACAACUGUGGACCUCUAAUGUUUAUAAAGUGCUCUCAGAUUGUGCUAAUGUCACCCCUGCUCUUCACUUGUUGUAUUCUGCAUUUCCUUCUAUAUCGUUCACUCCUGUAUGUUGAUAUUUUACUUUGUAGAUUUGGGACCUGGCCUUCCAGUAUUUUCCAUGUGUAUAUUAUUUGAUACUUCUCUUGUCACCUUUCUAGAGAGUACAUUUGGAAAGCUUUGAGAUGAUCCCAAUAAUUUGGGUGCCUUAUUGUGUCUAUGUAGGCUGUAUGUGUUCUCUGGAUUCCCUCUAUUUCAGCAAUCUCUCCUGCUCUGAAGAGGUGAGUGAGUGAGUGAGUAUGGAGCAGUACUCAAGAUAGGACAGCACAGAUUUGAAUAGUACUGUACAUUCAUUGUCAUGGGAUCCCCGGAUUUGAAGGUUUUUGUAAUCCAUCCUCUCAUUUUCUGGCUGAUGCAAUAUUUGCUUGGUUAUGCUUCCUAAGUGUUAGAUCGUCAGACAUCAUUAUUCCCAGAUAGUUUACAUGCUGCUUUCCUACUAUGGGCAGAUUUGAUUGUAUUUUGUACCCUGUAUUUUGUUUAAGGUCUUCUUUUUACCAUUCAGAGGUACUAAGCUGUUGGCCUUCUGCUAAAUCCUUGAGCCCAGGACAUGUUUGAGAAUAAUGCACAGCUGCAAACUUGGGAUUAUUUUCCCCGAAGGUAAGCGGCAGGCUAAUUAAACUUGAGGAGACACUGAACAACCUAAGAAAUGGGCCCUGGAGGAAGAUACAAGGGACAAUAGGUCCUCAAAACAUCCCCCUCUGCACCACUAGUGGUGCAACAAAUGACCACAACUGGACACAAUAAAUGAUGCACCCCCGGCCAAAGCAACCAAGCAUCAGCUACUAAAGGAUGCCUCAGGAAAUCUCUCAUUCCUAGCCAAAAAUGGAGAAGGCUGCAAAUGAAGAAUACAAACACACAUUCCAAAAGAACAAAAUCCCUACUCCUGGAAGAGAGCAUGACACUCCCCCAUCAUACCACUGGAAGCAAGGACCAAUGAAAACAGUCUUGUAAAAGUAAUCCUAGGCUGAAGAAGCAGAGAAAAACAGAAUGCCAGAACCUUAUCCAAAGAUCAAGAAUGCAAGAGCAAGCAGGAGGUGGAACAAAUGCCCGAGACAACUUGCAAAACAGUGCUGGCGAAACGUCAAUACUGAAUGGCAACGGUAGUGACUUUACUAAGACCAAAAAAUACUAGGUGACACUAUUUUGCAUGAGAAAUCAAUAAAAAAAAGGUGACAAAAAUUAAAGGAGCAUUGGAACAGAAACCAAGGACAAGUGACAAAGGGACAGAGGGACUACCAAGCAAUCUCAUACUUUUUCCCACAAACAAGACAAAUCAUGGACCUCAUACAGUAACCCGAAAGAAGCGAUCGACCCAACCUUGGAGGAAGAAAGCUCCAUCAAGAUUGCAAGGUCUCGAUACUUAACCCCUGCACUGCGCAACUUUUAAAAUAACAUUCCUGUGGUGUGCCAAAAAUAAAUUGUUUCAUAAACAGUAUUGUUUCUUUUGGUAUUGUCAAUUAGCACCCAGGAAGCACAAAAAUCCAUGUAAACAGUCUCUACCUCUUAUAGUUUAGCUGUAGUGGCCUAAAGAAGUUGCAUUUUUUUUUUAGUAAAAAAUGAGGAGAGUUGCCACGGGAAUAACUUUGUUGAUUUAUUUUCAAUGUUUCUCACUUUAUUUAUUUAGUUUUUCACUCUAACAAGAUGUAUCUCUGUGUCAAAGAUGGUGUUCAUUAUAUAUAAAUGAAAAUAUACAUUUAUACAGAUAUAUGUGUAUUAAUAUAUGAGCACCAUGUAUUUAUUCUUACUAAUAUAUAUAUAAACCUAUAUAUAAGCCUAAAUCUUAUAAUUGGACAUAUCACACAUUUUGCCUGAAAUAUAUAAUGAUAAUCACUCACUUGCUGUUGUUAAAAUUCAGUGGCUCAUAGUAUGGCUGCCCUACACGUUCCUAAAGCCAUGGCCUAAGGAACAUUUUGUAGGCCAUAGUAACCUUGGCAACAUACUAAGCCCAUAAAAGGAAAGUGACAGACUCAGGAUGUUUUUUCAAGAAGGGGGGAUGGUUACUGCAGGCCGGAGGAAGCAAAUGUAUAUAUCUUGUGUAUUAAAUGUAUAUUAACUAACAUAAUCACAUGUUGGCUGGUGCACUACACCCCUUAAUAUGUUGGCUGGUGCAGUGCAAGGGUUAAGGAGGAACCAAAAUAAUUCUGCAUUUGCCUGUAGUAUUCUAAACGGUCCUAGAGACAAACACAGGGAGGAGCCACUGAAGAGUCUGUCUUGAACAUAAUUGUUGGAUAUAAUAAACCCUCAGCCUUGAGAUAAUAUUCCUCCACAGAGGAAACCAAAAACCAAUUGGGGUUGAAGGGCUCUCAAAGAUCCUUUUUGAUUUCCCUCACAGCCCUGACAACCCAUGGAAAUGAAGGCUCUGUGGUAGUGCUGUGUCUCACACCAGACACUUGGAACAGAAAAGUGUCUCCUCAUAAACAAGGAGCCAUGGCCACAAUUCUCCUAAAAAAACAGAAGGGUGCGAAUCUUCGGCAAGAAGUGUGGUCCAACUACCUAUGCUCUCAAAGUGGAAGGGGUGGUCCCUAGAGAAGGCCCCUCCUCGCCCAAAGAAACGGCAUCCCUGGACUCCGAAAUCCUCAGCCGCUCUGGAACCCAGAGCAAAGUGGGAGACUUCAAAGCCUAGUACUCAACACCAGAUGGGCCCCAGGGAUGGAGAAAGUGGAAUGGGGGAACUUAGAGUAGGUGGAUAACUCAAACUGUUUCAAAAUUGGGUCAUAAUAAGACAGGCCAACUCCAGACCACCCACUUCUACAAAAAGCUGUAAACAAUGCACAUGGAAAAACCUCUCCUGCAAAACAGCAGCUGCCUAAUAGGCAGCGGCAUGGUGGAGCCAGUAAGAAUAGCCACAGGAUAUUAGGGAGGAUAAGAGGUUAUAUUUAAUAUAACAAAUUCGAGGGGCAUUCUUCAAAUGCUCACAAAGUGAGUGUAGAACCUUACCGAAAGCUACCAGUGGCUUGCUGGGUAUCAAAAGAUUGACCAAGCAGGAAGUACUGGGCACAGGAGCCGCUCACCACGAAUAUAACAAAUGCCAAACCCAGCCUAUGGGCAUAGGUGGCUGGGUAGGUCAUAAAACAAGCUUGCAAGCACCUUGCCAUCAACCAAUAAGCUUCUCUGGGACAGCCACACAAUAAUAUAGGCUAGACUCUGAGGCAACCACCAACACACCUAGAGAAGUCAAUUCUUGAUGCAUGCAGCUUGAGGUGAACAGUUAAUCAGAGUCAUAUAAGUGAGGCAUGAAAACACAUGCAUGUGAAGCAAAUGGGCCCUUGCAGGACGAAAUCCAAAGGAUAGCAAGCACUUGCGUGAUAAACUGGAACUCGAAGAACACUUGGCAUGAAAGUGGAGUGUAAGAAGCAUUUCCCCAGGCUUAAUGACUGGUGAUUCAAGGGGUCAGAUCCAGUAGCUUAGCACAUAAUCACCUGGCUGUGCACAGCUGCUACCAGCAGGUAAGGCACCUUCUCUUAGUCUGAGUUAUUUACCUGAUUUACCUCAGGGCCACUAACCCUAGUGGCCUUGACGGGGACAGGAAGCUGGCUUGUUGAAGGUCCCCCCAUUCGUCUUGGUCUUUUCCAGAUAUAUUUUAAAACUCAACACAGUUUUGGCAGUUACAGCUUCAGCAGGUAGGAGGUUCCAUGGGUUAAUAACCCUGUGGGUGAAAAAGCAUAUAUUCUCAGUCCUACAUUGUGGCUUGUUGAGCUUGAAACUAUUGCUCCUUGUUUGUGUUACAUCUGACCUUCUGAGGAAAAUAUCCGAUCAACAUCCUCUAAUUUGUUCAGUAUUUUAAGUUUCAAUGAGAUCUGCCCUGUCAUGCAUGGUUUGCAGUGUUGUUAGCCCUGUGGCCUUCAAGCGUUCCUGAUACAAGAGAUGACUCUGCUCUGGAAUGACUUUAGUUGCCUGGUGUUGCACCUUCUCCUGAGCAGCUAGCUAUGUUCUUCUGAAGAUGAAGUCUCCAUGCUUCGAUGCAGUAAUCUAAAUGGGGAUGCACCAGAGAUUUAUAUAGUUGAACCAUUAUCUUCUUUUCCUUAUACAGUAGUUAAAAAUAUGUUUGAUUAUCCAAAGAGCUUUGUUAGUUUUCUGACUGCUGCACUCACCUGUUGUGUAACUUUUAACACUUAAUGAGUGGUGGAUUUUGACUUCAAGGUCCUUUUCUUCAUCAAUCUGCUGUAAUGUAAUGCAAAUAAUUUGGUAAUCAUGGUGUUGGUUGUUAUGCCCUACAUGCAUCUUGUAUCUAGUAUCCCCGUUCUCCGUGAAUCUUUUUAGAGUUGGCCAGGUUUUGGUCUCAGAUAUCUCGUAGGCUUACAAUAACUCACAAGGGCCUGGUGUGAUUUAAUGUGAUGCAGUUAUCUAGGUUUACUAGCACCAGGGAACCUGCAAAGAAGCCCUCCCAGAAAACUCCUUGUGGAAGUUUCCAAUAAAAUACUGCAGUGGAAGGGAUAAUGUUUUAUAUUUUUAGAUUAUAGUCAGUACUUUCAAUUUUGUGCAAAGAAGUCAUAGACUGUAUAUUUUCAAUAAUAAAAUGAGGUACAGUUUCUUGCUUGAAAGAACAUUUUCACUGUUGGUGACAGAGCUAGAUGCUUCUAGGUUAUUAAAAUGAAGAACAGUAUCUUUAUGGCCGUCAUGUAAAGUGUCUAAUACUACUGAUCAAUUUUCCCUUAAUUUAAUGUAGCAAUAAGUAAAUGUUAUCUUGUUUAAAUAUAGUGUUAAAUUUCAUUUAGUAAACUGUGAGAGAAGA